AUGCCCGGCGGAAACUGGUUGAUACCAGAAUUAAACUUGGAGCCACACGACAAAGUUUACGGUGACGCGCGCUACGAAUCUGGUCUCAUCCGUGUAGCGUUUGCUAAAGGAAACCCAACAUAUUCGAAGAAACUCUACGCGGGACCUGUUCUGUCUGACACCGAGCCCUAUAGGUCUUAUCUGAUGAAGGAGAAAAUUGGCAUCGACAGCUGGAAUAAGGAUUACCACACUUAUACUUUGAUCUGGAAACCAGACGGCAUAGAUGUGUCAGUGGAUGGAGAGCAAUACGGUACAAUACAAGCUGGAGAAGGAUUUUACCCAAGCGCUAGAGAACACGCCGUGCCUCAUGCAGCAGCUUGGCUUAAGGGUUCCGUCAUGGCACCAUUAGAUCAACUGUUCUACGUAAGUCUAGGUCUUCGUGUUGGUGGUGUCCACGACUUCCCAGAUACUUCAGAUAAACCAUGGAAGAACAGAGGCAGCAAGGCCAUGUAUGACUUCUGGCAAGCGAAGAACACCUGGUUCCCAUCGUGGUACCAAUCGAACAUGAAAGUCGAUUAUGUUAGAAUAUACGCUUUGUGA